CUCACUAUACGCAACUUGACCAUCACCCCUCUGGAGCUGAAGCAAGUCGAACGCCUAGAUGCCCACUCGCACCUGCACAUACCAACGACAUUGCACAAGACUGCUUCACGCGGAGGGGAAGAGGAGUCCGCGUCGUCAGCGAGGCAGGAGAUUAAGGGGAUAGCCAUUCAGCCUUUCUCGGAAUGUCACACUCCCGUCUAUACGCCAGACCCUGCCCGCCAUGAACACCUCCGCCUCACAUUCGAGGACCCAGACAGCGGACACAGCUACAGCGCCGAAAUCCCGGCUUCAUCACGACGUAGCAUCAUCCUCAAAAGUCACCCCAAAGGCUCAGAGGAGGAAACCAAAGAAUUCACCGCCAUCUAUCUCCCCCAACAUGCCUAUCUAGCCGUCUUUAGCUCCGCCAACCUCUCCUCCUGGAUGGCCACGCUCGAUUCCUCCCUGCCCAUCUCCUCCCUCUCCAUCCCGGGCACCCACAACUCGCCGACCUGCCACGUCGCCCUCCCGUCCGUCCGCUGCCAAGCCGUAUCCGUCCUCGAGCAGCUCAACAACGGCGUGCGCUUCCUCGACGUGCGCGUCUCCUGCCCGACAUACACCCCGCCAAAGGCCAACCGCAGCAGCAACAACAACGACGACAGCAACAACGACAACAACCACGCCUCCAUACCCGAGCUCUCCCUCGUCCACUCGGCCUUCCCCGUCUCCCUCACGGGGGCCAAGUACCUCUCCGGCUUGCUCGCGACACUGUACAGCUUCCUUGCGGCGCACCCGACCGAGACGGUACUCGUCUCCAUCAAGCGCGAAGGGACCGGCCGGGGCAGCGACGCCGACCUCUCGCAGAUCCUUUACCACCACUACAUCGCGCCGCGGCGCCAGCACUGGUACACGUCGCCGCAGAUCCCGACGCUGGCCGGCUGCCGCGGCCGCGUCGUGCUGGUGCGGCGCUUCCGGCUGGCCGCGUCCGUGCCCGCGGCCGAGGGCGGCAUCGACGGCUCGGUCUGGCCGGACAACGUGGCCGACGGGACGUGCGGGAGCGGGACGAUCCGGAUCCAGGACUACUACGGCGUGGGCAGCGCCGCCGACAUCCAGCGGAAGGUGCAGUUCGCGCAGGAAGGGCUGGCGAGGGCCGCGCAGGGGGUGCAUGCGACGAGGCCCUCGGAGGUGCCUGCUGGAGGGCCGCAGAUGCCGCUGUUUAUCAACUUCUUGAGUGCGAGCAACUUCUUCAACGCUAGCUGCUGGCCGGAUCGGAUCGCCGCCAAGAUCAACCCUUCCAUGAUCGAGUAUUUGUGCAUGAGCCACGGGGCGCCUGGCAAGGGGCCUGGGCAGUUGGACAUUGGGGACGCGGCCACGGGAAUUGUGGUGACGGAUUGGGUCGGGCAUAACGGGGACUGGGACCUCAUACGCUGCAUUGUGGGAUGGAACGCCCGGUUGCAGCUCCGGCAAUAG